UCGGAAGGCAACGCCAAGGUCAGUUCCGGAGACGAGUCCAGUAUUUUCGUCCCAUGUCUAAAGGGGGGACGGAAAUAAUUAAAUGUUUAUAUACUGAUUUCCUUCAGGUUCUAUUUUGUAGCACGAGUACUCUCGAGCGACAAAAAUGUUUGCUUUGUCCGGAAGGGUUGAGUUGGACGCGGCUCAGAAGGGGAAUUUUAAAUGGUCAUGGGGAGAAGUGUUCGAAAGAAACUUGGCCCGGAAGGAAGGGAGAGGCGAUGUCUUCACAUCCGGCAUUGUUGAAAGGGUCUCCUGCCUCACGGACGCACGUUUUUCCCAGGGGGAUAUGUCCGCUACCGAUGUCGCAUUGAGAGAGAGACGACUUCAGGUCGACGCAAACUUUGCAACACGUGAGGCCGUCGGAGCGAGCGAUGGUCGGCACAUUUGGGUGCGUACGAAAGCCAGGACAGUACCGCCACUGCGAGCCGACUGUGGUCGUCGUCACAGUCACAGCUCCGAGGUGGUGUUUUGGCACAGGCGGCAGAAUCAAAUCGAAUGGCGAUAUAGUUCAAACCCUAGAGAAUACGGUUGCUACGAAACGCGCUGAGCGGAGUCAGCACAUUGAGCAUGUGCUCGAGUUGGUUACAUAGUUGCUCGAAGAUUUGCAGCGAAACCACGACUCUCCGCCCAAUGGCGGUUGAGUCGUGGAAAUCCGAACUGUAGCCACGAGGCUCACGGCCGAGCGAAACGAAAAAUAUGAUAUUUGCAGCGGAGGGUUGUCGUCGGCCCAGCCGAUUCACGACGGUUUGCGAACCGAAUCCGGUUUAGGUUUAGCGUAUAUGGAGGAGGAGGGUUGAGACACGGGAGGCACGGCGGACCGCCGUGUCAGAUGAUCUCAUUCGUGAAGUUUCCGGGACGCAUUGGGACCCGAUGCCGCUUGCUAUUUACGAUGCCACGACCGAACGGCUCGGCGCAUGACGAGCCACAGCCCUCGUCGGGAGUGGACUCUGGGUCGUGACGCGCUGCAACGCGACAGAGUCGUGACCGAGCAAAUCAUCGCGUUCCUCCUGUAAAUAGGGAACCCGAUGAAGGACGUUCGAUUAAAAUAAUAAGAGAAAAUGAAGGUCGAAACAUCUCGGACGCCUCGUAGGAGCACUUCUAGGAGUCCGACGAGCGGCCGAGGACUCGGGGUUUAACAGAUACGGGGGCUAAUGAUGGUUGCACUCGCGCACGACUGCGUGGACGAUGCGGUAGUGGGCGAGUCGGAGCCUCGGAGCCUUCGGAGGUUGUUGGCAGCGUGAGCAACCGAACGGCUAGUCGCAUGCAGAGCCGGGAUGGGUAGAGGGAGUAACAAUUAAGGAGGGUCAUGAUGGAAUACUACAACAGCGCACGACGAACUGGAAUUCACGGUGGGUGCGGCAUUUAUGGAAGAUCGUGACCGAAGCAAUAGGUCGACGAGCGUGUAGAACCCUAGGGUGCCAGGAUGCAUCGAGGAGUUGACUGGACGGACGAGGAUUUCUAUUUGCUAAAUAGGUCUCGCUUAACCCCUGUCGAGGAUCAUGACCUAGAACCCUAUGUCGGGUGCGACGGUUACAGGGGGGCCCCGACCGUUAACAUUUAUGAAAGUCUUCGGGCAAUCACGAGGCCCGAGUGCUGUGCUAUCUAUCGUGUAUAGAGUGGCGUAUGGAGUAGAACCCAGAGGGAGGGUCGCGGUUGGUGAGAACAACGUAACUGUAGUUAAGAUUUCUCCUGGAUUUGAACCGUAGCCUUGUGGUCUAUAUUCUGAUGAGGGGGCUGUCGGUGUUGGGCCUUCUGCAUCUCGUUUACUUGUAUUCGAAAAUUUCUUACGAGGUGAAAUAAAAUGUCAGAUGUCUC